AUGGAAAGGAGCCUCCACCUCAAUGCACCACAAGAGGAUCUUUUCCACCAAACUCUCAGCGCCUCGGCCAAAAGGCUGGAGAGCACAUUCCGCCCGGCCGCCACUAUUGAACUCUCCCUGCCUGAGCCCCAGUCCCCUAUGGUGUGUUUCGAGCAAGCGGACCCUGAACCGGUCCCUCAGCAGCCGGGGGGAGAGGGCGGAGGGGGGCUGCGGGCUGGCAGCGGCAAGUACAGCGAUCAGCAUGUCACCUCCUGCCGGGAGAGCAGCGGCGGAGACCAGAGCCUGGACGAUGACAGCGACGAGCGCUGCGAGUUGAUGCUGGUGAGGCAGGGCGGCUCGGAGCGGCCGGGAUCGCUGGCGGCGAUGGCCAAAGUGGACGGAGGAGCGGCCACCAAGAAGAACAAGGAGCAGCGAGCCCUGCGGCUCAGCAUCAACGCCCGGGAGAGGAGACGGAUGCACGACUUAAACGAUGCGCUGGACGAGCUGAGGUCGGUGAUCCCUUACGCGCACAGCCCGUCCGUCAGGAAGCUCUCCAAAAUCGCCACCCUGCUGCUGGCCAAGAACUACAUCCUCAUGCAGGCUCAGGCGCUGGAGGAGAUGAGGAGGCUGGUAGCGUACCUCAACCAGGGCCAGAGCUUGCCGGCCGCGCUGCCGUCCUCCGCCGCUGCCCUCACCCCGAGCUUGGGAGCCUACGAGCAAGCGGCGGCCGGCGGCUACCCGUUCACAGCCAGCGGCUUGGCGGUGGCAGCGGCGGCGGCCAGCUGUCCGGACAAGUGCGCCGCCACCACCACUCUUUACAACAAUGUCACAUCCAGUCUUUGCAAACAGUGCAGCGACAAGCCUUAA